AUGUUCAAACUUGAAGGACCUGCACUCGCGGGGAAUAAAGUUGGAGUUAUAUCUUCGAAAAAUAUUGGUUCAACAGCAGAAAUUUCAACUUUAAGGAAUUUUUUGGUUGGUGAUAUAGUGGCGUUCACCGAAGCUCGAAUUGCAAACGGUAAAAAUGAAACUUUAUCAACUUUGAAAAAAAUAUCAAAUCUUGAUAUAGCUGGUGAUGAUAGAGCAUUAUUGAUAAUCAAUGAUUCAACAAAUGCAAAACCCUUAGUAGACUUUAAUGUCUACGAAUCAAAAAUUUUAAGAUCGAGACAAGGUCCGAUCGAUUCAUUUCUUCAAAAAAAUAUCAGCACAACUGAUAUAGCAACAAAAACCGAACCAACUCAAACACAACAACAACAACAACAACAACAACAACAACAACAACAACAACAACAACAACAACUACCACAACAACAACAACAACAACAACAACAACAACUACCACAACAACAACCACAACAACAACUACCACAACAACAACAACAACAACAACAACAACAACUACCACAACAACAACCACAACAACAACCACAACAACAACCACAACAACAACAACAACCACAACAACAAUCACAACAACAACCACAACAACAGAUAACAGAACCACAACCAAAAAAACAAAAAACUCAGCUGUUAUUACCAGGCAUGCAGAGCACAACUGCAUUAACAACUAUUAAUGCAAAUGUUAAAGUCAAAAGAGUGACCAAGCGUAAAGUUAAGAAGGUUGCUAAAGGUCCUCUUGAUAACUUUUUCCAAAUUAGUGUCAACAAGGAAAUAAAUAACAACGUAGGUGAAAUUCCAACUUUAACUUCACCACAACAACCAUCAUUAAUUUCUUUAGAAAAUCCACAACAACAAUCAUUAAAUUCUUUGAAAAAUCAACAACAACAAUCAUUGACUUCAGUUACAGACCCACAGCAACAGCAAUCAUUAAAUUCUUCCGAAAAUCAACAAGGACCAGCAAUCUCAUCAGAACACCCAACAAUUUCAUUGGGCAAUAAUGAUGCCUCCUUAGUUCCAACUUCUGAAUCUCCUGAUACAAUAAUUAAUACAGAUCCAAUAGCCACAUCAACAUCGACUUCAUCCGAAUCAAAAGAAUUACCAACCUUAGCAUUAAAACCAAAAAGAAAAAUUUGGAAAAAAGAAGAAUUAUUGGAAGAAUUUUCUAAAAAAUUUCCCAAUGCUAUUAUGGAUGAAAAAUCAUUACAAUCAGCAUUAUCUGAUUCAUCUCCAAAUGAUAAUGUUGAAUUUCCCAAUUCACAUCCUAAUGCUGGUUCACCAGUUCCUAAUAAAUCAUUAAAAUUUGAUGCUUCAGUUUUAGAAUUUCUUUCUUCAGAUGAAGCUUAUGAAAAAGGUUAUAACAUGAUUGAUAUCACUAAAUUUAUUAGUAGAACACUGGUUCAGUUAAUUCAAAUACAUGAUCAGAUUGUGUUAUUUGUUGUUUCGUAUGCUCCAAAUAAGGAUAAAUGGAUUAGAGAUUCUCAGGAAUAUUAUGCUGAUUUGAAGAAGUUUUUGUGGUUUUUUAAUUUUGAAAAAAUUUUUAUGGGUGACCUAAAUGUAAUUCAAGAACCAACCUACUCACAAAUCUUUAAUUAUGCACUUACAAAACAUGAGUUAGAAUCAAUUGAAGCUAUAAAAAGAAUUCAUGCUGAAAAUAAUUUGUGCAAUACAAUCAAAUCAUUAUGUGCAUCUGCUAUAAUAUUUACUAAUCAUCAUAAGUUAAAUUGUCGUUUGAUUGAUGCAUUAGAUGUUUCAUUUAAUAGAUUAUCAGGUUUAAUUAGUUUAGAAAUUAGUUUCAAGUACAAAAACUCAACACAUGGUUUAAUCACAGCAGAAAUAAAUUUUGGUGAAUUUGAAGAAAGAGGUGAAUUGGAUGAUAUAAGAGCAAGAAAUGAAGAUAGAAUCAACCAACUAAUCAUACCUUAUUCUACAAAUUGUGCUUGCGAGCACUUUUUUGGUAGAGAAAUUGGAUCUAUAUCUACAGAAAUUAGAAGCCACGGUUUACCUAUUGCCGAAUCAAUCCCUCAAAAUAUUUUAAAUAUGCAAAGUGUUCCACAUAGGUUUGAGUUAUGUAAACCUUCAAACGAAUAUUAUGCCAUUUAUAAAGUAGGUAUUUUAAAUGGUGAUGCAACGCUAAAUUUGAUCGAUGGUGUCAAAUAUGAUGAAAUAAUUGAAAUUAUUAAAAUUGUUGAUACAAAUGAAAUAAAGGCUUUGAACAUAACUACGAUUAAUGCCAGUUAUGCCUCUGGUAUAUCUGAAGUUUGUAAAUUAAGUCCAAAAAGAGUGGUAUUUGAAUAUGAAGCUCUUUUCAGGGGAGCUUAUGUAUCAGAUUUAAUGGCUUAUAAGCUAUUAUUGAAAAAGGAUUUACAAAAUUUGUUUGGUAUUUUACCUAGGGUCUCGAGACCAGCAUUCCAAGAUCCAACUAGACUUUUAGGUGCUACACCCAAAAUUGAAUUGUUGAAAGAUGAGUUGAAAAUUAAGAACGAAAAAUCAACGGUUGUGGUUGACCUUCAAAAAGGAAUGGUAAAACUCAAAUCAUUAAUUAUUGCAAUUGGCUUAACCCAAACGGAAAACGCAAAAAUUCAGAGAUCAGAUGCUAAAACAAAUAUCUACAACUUUUUCAAAGACACCAUAGCCAUGUGGGUUCCGCUAGAAAAUAGCUUGGCUGUAGCUAGAGUUCCAUUUACUAGAAGUCAAAAUGAAAUUAAUAAUGCAAUAAAUAGUUUAUAUCCAUUAUUUGAACCAAACUUAAAAGAAUUGGCAAUAAGCAUUAUUCAAAAUUAUGAAAGUCGUCCAUUAAAUAACACCGUUUUGCAAAAUUUUAUCUACUCCCAAGGUGUUUUGUUUUACAAAGUUGAAUUAGAUGGCAAAAUUACUUAUAUUGCAAGAGACAAGAAUGACCUCAUUAGAGCAAGAGAAAUAUUUAUUUUACAUUAUGGUGAAAAUUACAAGGAUCCCUAUACUGCAUUCGUGUGGGUAAAAUCUCAGCAAACUGGUGUUAGACAUCAAGUAUACCAUUAUCACGAUCCCGAUCAUUUCAAAACUGAAACACCAUUUUCAUUAAUGCAUGAAGUCCUUCAAUUUGCAAUUGAAAAAAAUGAAAUUGAUAAAAUAUGGCCAAUUUUCAAUCCGCUUAUCUGGGAGGAACCAGUAAUUCAGGAAUUAAUGAGGGAAAUUGACUAUAAUGAGCCUUCAAAAACUCCAAAUCCAAUUUCCAGAUUACCUGCUGGUUAUGGUGGUUUUAAUUAUAUUUCAAUUGGUGGAAUUUUGAGAUCCAUUGAUGGUGAAUAUUUUUCAAUUGCAGGCUCUCUUAAUGUUGUUGAAUAUUUAGAUGAUAGACAAAGGUCAGAAAUUUCUGUUGAAGAAGGUCAAAUUAAAGAAGAAGGUACUCGUCAUUGGCUAUGCGAUUUGAAAAAAAUGAGGGAAAUCGGUGAAAGAUUUAGAAUUUCCAAUGAAUCUGUGUAUCCCGCUCUUGCAGAAAAAUCAGUAUUUUUGACGUUUUUGGUUAAAAAACGUGUCAUUAAAUUAAGGGAAAUUGAUGAUGUUGCUAUAAGAUCUCAAAUUGAAACUGCUUUAAGGGAUGAUUAA